AUGGACCUUUUGCCGAGUUUAGAGCUAACAGAGUUUAUUUUGAGUCUCAAGCGAUUUAUUGCACGAAGAGGGCGUCCUGAACGAAUAUAUUCAGAUAAUGGCGGAACGUUCAUUGGCGCCGCGAAGUGGAUGAAAGCUGUGUGGGAGGAUGAGCGAAUACAAAAUUUUUUAUCCAUCAACCAGAUAACCUGGCAAUUCAACUUGAGCUGCGCCCCGUGGUGGGGCGGGCAGUUUGAACGGAUGAUCGGUUUGGUUAAAGGAGCAUUGAAUAAAACAAUCGGCAACGGUUUUCUAGCAUGGAACGAGCUUGAGGAAGUGCUAUUAGACGUGGAAGUGGCGUUAAACAAUAGGCCCCUCGGAUAUGUGGAAGAUGACGUACAACUCCCUGUUUUAACACCAAGUAGCAUGCUUUAUCUCAACAGCAGCAUUGUACCUGUGCUUCAACCUCAUCGAAUUGAGAAUCAAGAUUUACGGAAACGUGCGAAGCAUUUACGCAAGUGUAAAGAAGCCUUGUGGAAGCGCUGGAGCCAGGAAUAUCUCCGAAGUUUAAGAGAAAGGCAUCGAAAUUUAAUCGGCUCGAAGGGAGACGUGCCAGCAGUGGGUGAUGUGGUAAUCCUCAACACAGACGAAAGGAAUCGUGGGAAAUGGCCGUUGGGUAUAAUCGAGGAGCUCAUCGCGGGAAAGGAUGGUAUUGUAAGGGUUGCAAAAGUUCGUGCAGGUAAAGGACAACUGGAAAGGGCGGUUCAACAUUUGUUCUCGUUGGAACUGUCGUGUGAUCGGAAAAGAAAACAUAAUCCAACCGAACUUAAUCCAGAAGCAGAGAUCUUUCGUCCAAAGCGACAGGCCGCGGUGGAUGCGGGUCGACGAAUUCAAGAGCUACUGAAAUCCGAAGAUGCGGACAAUGUGUACUAG